GCAAAGUUACUACAUUCUCACACAUUCGAGAUUGUACAUUGAGCGCAUCGAAAGGCAUGAUUUUGCGUGGCGGUCACGUGUUCAGCAGGAGGACAGGUUCUACGCUCGCUGACCACGGUGCAGCUUCUCCCAGAGGCGCUAAGGAAACCCAAUCUAAAUGAUUAAACGGACUUCAUAUCGCCAAUGGAUGAAUCAGAGCAUAAUUGUUCCCAUGCGGUCACCUUGACCUGAGGGUGACCGUGGUCCUAUAGUGACCAAUCAGAGCGCAGAGUGGAUCAUAACAGUUGACCGUCCGAAGCUCCACUGUAGUAAAACCGCUCCUCUCUGCUCUUCUGAAUAUUGCCUUAGUCCACCGCCUUCUCUGCCACCAGCACUUCUUAAAGGGGGGCGGAGCCAUGGGAUGUGGCGGCAGCAGGAUGGACGUGCUGGAGCCCCACUACCUUGAGAGCUGGACCAAGGACACCGAGUCCACCUGGCUGGCCAGCACGGACACAGACAUCCCCCUAUCCUCCAUCCAGAGCCUGGCCUCGGAGAGCUCCUUCGACACGGGCUUCACCUCCGAGAAGACCAGCACUCCCGUGCCGGACAUCUUUGAAGACGGCCUACCCCACCCCGCCCAGGCCUACGUGAAGGUGUGCUCCUCUCUGUCGGAGGCCAGUCUGGACGAGGAGACGGAGGCGACCACCCCGCCCCCCAAGCACCCCUCCCCAGACCAGGGGCCAAUGGUACCCCCCGCUGGGACCACGGUUCAGCGCAGGAGCGUGCUUCACACCGAGGAGAUAACCAAAUGGCAGAACAACAAGAUGUCCGCCAAGCAGGUGACCAUCACGGUGACCCAGAGCGUCCGGCAGGUGGACCAGCGGGGCAAGGUCCAGGAGAAGUCGCUCACCACCUACGAGGUGCUGAAGCCGCUGGACCCCACGCUGGGCCGAGGGGAGAGGACCCCGGCCCGGCCCAACGCCCCGCGCCAGCACGCCACGUCGGAGGAGAAGCCGUGGGAGCCAAAGUCGACCGUGCGAUGAGGCGUGAUCGGGAAGAAACCGUUUGACCGUUUUUUUUAACCGUUACCGAGGUGUAACGGAGGAACUUGGGUCGGGGUACCGGGGAUUUGCCGUCGUGUGUUUACAGUGCGUGUUUACUGACUGGACCACCGGUGUGUUGAAGACAAGCAGAGGGGGCUGCAGUUGCUAUGGUGGUUAGGACAUAGCUUUGCCGUUUUUGACUGCGUUGUUACCGAGAAACAGUACUUGAGUAUUUAGAGUGUACUUUUACUGAAAGGAACGAACCAAUGAGAGAGGAGGGCAGAGAUUUCCUCUUGUUAAGAAGAAAAGGUUUUCUACACUGUAUUAGUAUUAACUGUCUGCCUUUUGCUGUGCUGCUCCUACUGAGAUGUUUUGGGCUAUUUAUAUACAUGGGAUUAUAUGACUCGAAGAAGGAAGGAAGAGCAGAAAAUGUGAAUGUAUCACUCCUCGCUUUGACAUUAGCCUUGAGAAUGACAAUCGUGGUACAGAUAAUACGCUGAAAUCACCAUUAUAAAUUAAUUUGUAUUUUAUUCACAUUUGAUUAAUACAUUGUUUUAAUAGUUACCAGCAGCAUACGUUACAACGUCUCAGGAAGGUGAUGUAUCGAACACUACUACUGCACUCGGUCUGUGAAGAUGAUGAAUUCUAAAAUGUCUCUGCACCGUUUGUUUUGUGUAUUUAUAUCUUUCCAUGUGAAAGUACAAUUGUCUGUUUGAA